AUGGAAUAUCCUGACCUCGUCAGCUAUUUGGCGCUACAGACCUCGUGGAUUACUGGGCAGCAAAUGAAAGCUUACAAGUCUAUGGACGCUUACAACUUUUUCGUUUCAGGGUGGGUAAAUAUAAUUUUUACCAAACCAGUGGCUGGAACCGACAAAGUGGUUGUUACAGCGAGAGAGACGCCUUUAAAGACGUGGCUCCUUGCUGAAAAGGAUGGAAAUGUGUGCAUUGCGCACUUUAACUGCAUGGCAGGACUUUGCGAGGCCUGCUCACACGUCGGGGCUCUUCUUUUUGCCAUUAAAGCCGUUAGAAUGUGAGGGUCGGUUACAUGUACACCGGAAAAAAGUGGGUGGAUAAUGCCUUCUUAUGUGAAGGAAAUUCCAUACAUUCCUGUCUCUGAAAUGGAUCUUUCCUCUGCUAAGAAACGGCAUGGUAGUUUGGGCGAACAAGGGUCUGCUACCCCAGACCCCAGAGAGAGGAGAAAUGUCCAAGAAACCACAGCAGAAGAAGAGGCCAACUUUUUUGAAAGAAUUUCAAACUGUUGGAUCAAACUGGACAUUCUAUCCAUUGUUGCACCUUAUAAUGCUGCUUUUGUACCUGUUGAGAACAAAACAAUGCUAAAGCCAUUAACAGAACUGUUAAAUGAAGAGAAUCUGGGAGACACCUUGCAGGAGUUACAGCAAAAGUCUUAAACAGCUUUUAAUGAGCUCAAGAUGUGUCAAAGAAGCAGAAACUGUUGAGAAAGCAACAAGAGACCAGGCAGACAGCAAAGUGUGGUUGAGCAAAGAGCGGGGCGAGUGAGUGCUUCAAAGUUUAAAGCUGCUUGCUCAACCAAUCCCGACAAGCCAUCAAAAAGCCUGAUUAAGAUGAUUUGUUACCCUGGUGCUCAUCGCUUCUCAAAUGCAACAACAAAAUGGGGCAUAUCAAAUGAGAGCAAAGCAGGAGAAGCAUACGAGUUUUCAAUUGCAGAUCAGCAUCUCAAUUUGUCUGUAGUGGACAGUGAGCUACACAUAAACGAGAACUGGCCCGUUUUAGGUGCUUCACCUGAUGGUCUUGUUUUUUGUGAGUGCUGCGGAAAAGGACUCUUUGAAAUUAAAUGUCCUUACAUGUGCAAGGAGAUGCCAUCCUGGUUACUGUUGCAGCAGACAGCAGUUUCUGUCUGAAAUAUGAUGACAAUGGAGGAGUGGACAGUGGAGUACUGUGAUUUUGUUGUCUGGACUACAAAGGACAUGUUUCUUCAGCGAGUGUUGCCUGACACUGAGUUUUGGGACAGAGUGGUGACAAGGGCAAUACGCUUCUACAAGAAAGGAGUUCUCCCAGAGAUUUUAGGUCAAGGGUAUACACGUUCUAGUGCCCAGCCUCGUCUCACUGAAUCACCAUCAACAGAGAGCGACGAAGAUGGACCCUGGUGCUUCUGCCAACAGCACAUCGAGGAUAGCCGACUAAUUGGGUGUGACAAGGCUGGCUGCAAAAUCCAGUGGUUUCACAUGUCAUGUGUGGGACUUACCUGA